UCCAGAAUAUUCGUCGCCGCCGUCUGAUUGCUUUGAGGUUAUACAAACUUGCUUUAAUUUACCGACGACUUGCUGUGUGAAAUUGAAAUCUGUGUACAAAAAUGGCUUUAUCUGUACCAAAAGCACCCGGAGUAUCGCAGAUGCUAAAGGAUGGCGCCCGGAUGUAUAGCGGGCUCGAGGAAGCCGUCUACCGCAACAUCAGUGCCUGCAAGGAGUUUGCACAGACAAUGCGUUCCGCCUACGGCCCCAAUGGAAUGAACAAAAUGAUCAUCAACCACAUUGAGAAGCAGUUUGUGACCAGCGAUGCCGGAACCAUUAUGCGGGAGCUAGAUGUUGAGCAUCCUGCCGCUAAGCUGAUCGUCAUGGCCAGUCAAAUGCAGGACGCUGAGGUCGGAGAUGGCACCAACUUCGUUGUGGUGCUGGCCGGCGCUCUGCUCGAGUCGGCAGAGGAGCUGCUGCGUCUGGGCAUCACCACUGCCGAAAUAGCCGAUGGCUAUGAAAAGGCACUGGAGAAGGCACUCGAAAUUCUGCCCAAAUUGGUUUGCCAUAAAAUCGAGGACUAUCGUGACGUUAACAAGGUAAAGGAUGUCCUCCGGACAACCAUCAUGUCAAAACAGUACGGCCAGGAGGACUUCCUCAAUGACCUGGUGAGCAAGGCCUGUGUCUCCAUAUUGCCUGACGAGGGCACAUUCAACGUGGACAACAUUCGCAUCUGCAAGAUCCUUGGCAGUGGUCUGCCCAAGUCGGAAGUAGUCCGUGGUAUGGUCUUCAAGCGCUUCGUUGAGGGUGAUGUCACGUUUGCCGAAAAGGCAAAGAUCGCCAUUUUCUCGUGCCCCGUGGACAUUAUCCAGACGGAGACCAAGGGCACAGUAUUGAUUAAGUCGGCUGACGAACUCAUGAAGUUCUCGUCUGGAGAGGAGAGCCUGCUGGAGAAUCAGAUCAAGGCUAUUGCCGAUGCCGGUGUUAAGGUCGUCGUUGCCGGUGGCAAGGUAGGCGACAUGGCCCUGCAUUUCCUCAACAAAUACGGCCUCAUGGCUGUCCGUUUGAACUCCAAGUUCGACCUGCGCCGUCUGAGUCGUUCUGUGAACGCCACAGUUCUGCCGCGCAUUACCACGCCUAGCCAGGAGGAGUUGGGCUACUGCGACAAGGUGUGCAUUGAGGAGCUGGGAGACACAACAAUCGUAGCAUUUAGGAAUGAGGGCAAAGACUCGCGCAUUGCCACAGUUGUGAUUCGUGGUGCCACAGACAACUUCAUGGAUGACAUCGAGCGCGGCCUAGACGACGCCGUGAACAGCUUCAAGUGCCUCACACGCGAUGGGCGCUAUCUGCCAGGUGCCGGCGCCACCGAAAUUGAGCUGGCCACCCAGCUGUCUGCGUAUGCCGACACUUUGCCUGGCUUGGAGCAGUACUCUGUGCGCAAGUUUGCCAACGCCCUGGAAGUGUUCCCCAAGGCCCUGGCUGAAAACUCUGGAUUCAACGGCACCGAAGCUGUCAACCUAUUGUAUUUGGCGCACAAUUCCGAGAGCGGCAAGAACAUCGGCUUCGACAUUGAAGCGGAGACGGCAAGCACAAUCGAUGCGGCGAAGGCAAAGCUCUUCGAUCUGUAUCAAGGAAAGUUCUGGGGUCUCAAGUAUGCUGUUGGUGCGGCCACAACCAUCUUAAAGGUGGACCAGAUUAUCAUGGCCAAGCGUGCCGGUGGUCCCAAGCCGCGUCAGGCAGCCGGCAGUGAUGAUGAGAGCUAAACAUCUCCCCCAAACACU